CCUCCUCCCACUGUGUGGCGGGAGGCGGUACGACAGGCGGAAGAGCUGCACCUGUUGUUUCCUGCUGAAGCUAAAACACCUGCAGCUAACUCACCUGUGGAUAUCUCACCUGUGGAUCGUGAGAGAGAGAGAGAGAGUGAGAGAGAGAGAGAGUGUGUGUGUGUGUGUGUGUUUAUGGAUAAACUAAAGAAGGUUCUGAGCGGACAGGAUGACUCGAGCAGCGACGGAACCGGAAUCAUUGAGAGAGCCAAUCAGGCGUCCUCGUUGGCCUGGGCGACCCGGAUGAAAGGCUUCGGGAUCUGCUUCGUGCUCGGGGUCCUCUGCUCCGUCCUGGGCAGCUGUCUGCUGUGGAUCCCUGGCACGGGGCUGGUUCUGUUCGCUGUCCUCUACAGCGUGGGAAAUAUCAGUGCUCUGGCCAGCACCAUGUUCCUGAUGGGUCCGUGUCGGCAGCUGAAGGCGAUGUGCGCUAAAGAGAGAGCCUUCGCUACGGCCAUCAUGCUGGUGUGUCUGGUGUUAACGCUCUGUGCUGCUUUCUGGUGGAAGAAUAAUGGCCUGGCUCUGCUCUUCUGUGUGCUCCAGUUCCUGGCCUUCACCUGGUACGGCCUCUCGUACAUCCCCUUCGCCAGGGAUGGUGUCAUGAAGCUAUGCUCGACGUGUCUGUGAGUGACAGCCUCUAUCGUCCAAUCAGAAGCCUUUAACAUUUCAACCUCCAAAGAAAACUACAAAUCAGUGGCCUGGACUACAAAUCAGGACAGUUAAUCUACGUGUCUCUUUGUUGUUGUCGCUGCUGGUAGCUGCUAGCACGUUAGCUGCUAGCACGUUAGCUCUUACCUGCCUUUACUUAUACUUUUUUCUGUUUUUAUUAAAGCAGCUGCUCAGUUUUAUAUUCAGAGCUCAUUAAGAACAGCAUUAUUUUAAAACAUAGAUAUUAACUUUUAACCUUUAAAUUACAAAAUAAAAUGAAGGAGCUUUUAUUUUGGCGGGAUUAAUCUCAGUAAUUGAGUUUAAAGUUAAAAGAAGAGUAAAUUAAAACUGGUAAUAUUAAUAAUUAGUGCACACUUAGAUGUCAAAAUAAAGUUACAGACAGGAUGUCACCUUUUUAGUAAUCAAACAAUUUAAAGGGGUUCACAUGAGACAUUAAAUAUAAUGAUUUCGGUCUCAAAGCUACACAUGAACAGGAAAGUUCUGGUCAAUUUUCAGCAAAUAUUCAAUAAAUAUGACGUUUUUAUAAGUUUAAUUUCCAGGACAUUUGUACCACUAAUUUACUGUAUUUAUUUCCAGUAGAUUUUAAAAGAUUUUUGGGUAAUUUUCUUCCCAUUUCCGGUCUCUUUAAGAUUGGAAAGGCACGCUACGUUUUUGUAAAAUAUCUAUUAAAUUCCAAGAACAUUUGUAGUAAAUAAUAAUAAAGCUCAGGCAUUUAUUUAAGUGAUUUAAAAUCUGGAAGUGUGAAGUGGAGGCUUUUAUUCUGAAGGGGUAAUUGUUCCAGUUCAUUUCAGUGGGAGGAUGAGCAGCUGUUUCUGAGGCUGAAACAUCUCUGAGGUUACACACAUUUCUGCUAAAGUGUCUUAAGAUUGAAUGAUCUUAAUUUAAUGUUGUUUCUCCUGACUUUCUUUGAUGGAAAUAUUGUAAUAAAUAUUUGAAAAACA